AUGGGACACACCGGAGUCGCUACGAAGGAAGAUGUGCUACCUGGCAAUGGAAGCGCCCGGCGUGGCAGUGACCAAGCUUGUGUAACUGUUACACGAGCGGCAACUGGCAGCGGCGCUUCAGCUUGCGACGACGCCCAACACCUAACGGCCAGAAUCGAAGCUCUGUCCGAGUCGCUCCGCAACUCGUUGCCCGUGGGAUUGGUUCCCUAUAAAUUGGCCGAGGCGCUUCGACACGACUCCAACCAUCGUCUCCAACUAGCAAGAGAACAAGGCAUUAAACUAGAGCAUCUUUACAUAGGCGCAGACUGUCUUCCUACCUGGAGCACUCUCUAUUGGGACCCAGAAAACGAGUCCCUCCACCACACAAUACAAAUGCACCUCCUUCACCUUGACCUUGCUCAAAAGUUGGGAGAGCUUCUGCAGCGGCAGAUUCGAGACAAGAGCAAUCAAAGGUUGCGUCAGGCUCGGGCGCUGGGCAUCAAACUUGAAAACAUAUUCAUCGGCGAGUCCCUGCUGCCAGAGUGGACUGCCAAUAAGGGCGGCAGUGACCGUGAAGAGGUCCCCUCUCCUGCAGUCGAUGAUACGCUGAGCGGCUCUACACGCGUUGGCGCUAGGCACGACAGCUUGGGUACUGUCGUUGGUUCUAUUACCGACUUGUCCGGCACGGAUGCUUGGCAGCAUUCUGAUUCUGAAGGCUCCGUCUCGUUUCCGGGCGUGGCACCGUGCAAUGUCCACGACGGUGACGAGGACGACCAACACCCCGACGAAAUAUACAUGAACAACCACGUGGAUACACGGCCAAUUUAUGACGAAUACGGAAAUUCUAAUAUCGUUCACGACGUGGAGAUUGUUGGUGGCCAUGGUGAGCAUGACACUGUCGACCUGGGAGUAUAUAUGGCAGUGGACGAUGAAGAAGUAGAUGACCUGCCAGAGGUAGAAUUGGCGAUGGAUAGGAAGGGCUUUGAACAACACUUUGGAGAUGAAGAUGCUGUUGAUGUUUACAUUCCAGACAUGGAAAUAUUCUGUUUCGACAAGAUUGAGGAAUACGACGACGACGACGACGACAUGCAUGAACAUGAUGACAAUCUGCAAGACACUUUGAGGUUAGAGCCAUCUCGUUAUAUGGAACUAGAUGAUGAUGACGGUCACGGUGAAGACGACGCAAUCUCACAAGGAAAUGCUAUGGACAUUUGCGAAUCUGAUGACAGUUCGUCCGAUUCGGAGAUGCUAAGUGAGGAGGAGUAG